AGAAAGAGCGAGAAGAAUGUCACAGUUCUGGAGACCAGGGGCGGAGAAGCCUCGCCUCCUCGACGACGAAGAAGGCGGCGUCGUUUCUUCGCCAUCCUCCGGAGGAGGCUAUGCGAAUCUGGAGAGGCAGAGGCAGAGGCUACCGGUGUUCAAGUACCGCACCGUCAUUCUCUACUCCGUCGAGACUCGCGCCACUACCGUCGUCGUCGGCGAAACCGGCAGCGGCAAAACCACUCAGAUUCCUCAGUACCUGAAAGAAGCAGGCUGGGCUGACGGUGGCCGUGUGAUUGCUUGUACUCAGCCGAGAAGAUUGGCUGUUCAGUCGGUUGCAGCGCGGGUGGCUGAAGAAAUGGGGGUGAAGCUUGGAGAGGAAGUUGGCUACACUAUUCGGUUUGAAGAUGCUACAAGUACAGGUGUAACUAUGAUAAAGUUUUUGACUGAUGGUGUGUUACUCAGGGAAAUGAUGGACGAUCCUCUUUUGACUAAAUACAGUGUCGUAAUGGUAGAUGAAGCUCAUGAAAGGUCUAUCUCAACGGACAUUUUAUUGGGUCUCCUGAAAAAGAUCCAAAAACGCCGGCCUGAGCUGCGCCUCAUUAUCUCAUCUGCUACAAUUCAAGCAAAGUCAAUGGCUGCUUUCUUUCAGGCCAGCAAAAGACGCCGCAGACCGGAAGGAGAAGAGCUUGGACCAAUCAUGGAACCUGCAGUCUUAUCAGUUGAAGGUAGAGGGUUUAAUGUACAAAUUCAUUACGUGGAGGAGCCUGUUGCCGACUAUCUUCGGGCUGCAGUCUCAACGGUAUUAUUGAUACAUGACCAGGAACCAAUGGGAGAUAUUCUGGUGUUUCUUACUGGUCAAGAUGAUAUUGAUGCUGCUGUCCAACUUAUUACGGAAGAAGCUCAAAACCGUAGAAAGAACUCGUCAGGACUGAUGGUUUUGCCUCUCUAUUCGGGACUUCCACGUGGUGACCAGGAGCUGGUGUUCGCUCCUACUCCUAGAGGGAAAAGGAAAGUAGUUAUAUCAACCAACAUAGCAGAGACAUCAAUAACUUUAGAGGGCGUGGUCUAUGUUGUUGACAGUGGGUUCUCAAAGCAGCGGUUCUAUAACCCGAUAUCAGAUAUUGAAAAUCUGGUAGUGGCACCAAUAUCCAAGGCAUCUGCUAGGCAAAGGACCGGUAGAGCUGGCAGAGUUCGGCCUGGGAAAUGUUACAGGCUUUAUACAGAAGAGUAUUUUGUAAAGGAAAUGUCUUCUGAGGGGAUUCCAGAGAUACAAAGAUCAAAUCUUGUUUCCUGUGUGAUCCAGUUAAAAGCGUUGGGCAUAGAUAAUAUAUUGGGCUUUAAUUGGCCAGCAUCUCCAUCGUCUGAAGCAAUGGUUCGAGCACUUGAAGUGCUUUAUUCACUUGGGGUCCUGGAUGACGAUGCCAAACUUACUUCACCAACUGGAUUUCAAGUUGCUGAGUUUCCAUUGGAUCCCAUGAUCUCAAAGAUGAUCUUAUCAUCUGGCGAAUUGGGAUGUUCAGAAGAGAUUAUUACCAUUGCAGCCGUUCUCUCUGUUCAAUCUAUCUGGGCUUCUGGUUGGGGAUCACAAAAGGAACUUGAUGAAGCCAAGUUGAAUUUUGCUGCAGCCGAGGGUGACCAUGUGAGUUUCCUAAAUGUCUACAAAGCAUUUCUUCAGUCUGGUAAAUCUUCACAAUGGUGUCAUAAGAACUUUAUAAACUACCAAGCAAUGAAAAAGGUUCUUGAAAUAAGGGAACAACUCCGAAGAACAGCUCGAAGACUAGGCAUUGACUUGAAAUCUUGUGAAAGAGAUACAGAGGUAGUGAGAAAGGCCAUUACUUAUGGGUUUUUUGCUAAUGCGUGUGUUUUGGAAGUGUCAAGUCAUGAUGGUAAAUAUAAAACUAUCAGAGGUUCUCAAGAAGUUUAUAUCCACCCAUCAUCUGUGCUAUUCAGAGUUAAUCCCAAGUGGGUGGUUUACCAUUCGCUCGUCUCAACUGAAAAGCAAUAUAUGCGAAAUGUCAUUUCGAUAGAUCCUUCUUGGCUCACAGAGGCAGCUCCCCAUUUUUAUCAAAAGCAGCGAACCAAUCCUAUGCUUCACUAGCUUGAUCUGCCUUCACCAUCCCUCAUAAAUUCAUAUCGGAAUCAAGAGGAAACUACCAUCGUCAUUGGGUAUGUGGGACUUGUAAAUAUACCAACUAUUACCAAUGCCUUUUUUUUUCCUUCUUUGAUUAUUAAUUCCUACUUUUGGAACAAUAGGACAAAACCCACUGACCAAUGAUGGAUUAGGUUGAAUUGGAGUGGGUCAGGUUCUCUAAUCCCAGCCAGUUAGCCUCAUUUGUUUUCUGAAGGUGAUAUCGUUAUUAGUAGUACUACUGAGGAAGAAAAACUAGUACAUAGAACUGCAAAUCAAUCUCGAACACAACAAGAAAUGAAAUAGUCCCUUCGAAUUGGAGCACAGCCUGAUCGCUUUCCUUUUUAAUCAAACUGACAUUGAUUUUGCCAUUCUAUUUCUCUAAAUUUGUACGCUAAUAAUGAGACCUAGAUUCUCUUAUAGUCUUGGUCACCCAUUCAAUUGCCUAUAAUCAAUAUUUUCAUAGGCGUUCAAGUUCUGUUCUCAAGCAUAUUUCUUCUCUCAUUAGGCUUUCAUUGUCCACUAUUCGGCUAUUCCACUGAUCUGUGUAUGAGGGAGGCUAAGAGUAUAUCUUUUUUAACAUCCAAAAUCUUUCCUAAAAUAAAGAAUAUCGAGAGAAUUGGGAAGCUGUUGGAUAUGUUUUAACAUGGUGACUAUAAUACUAUAAGAUAUUAUAUACUGUUCUCACAUAGUCAACAGUAUCUAGAAAAUUCUCCUAUAUAUAUAUGCUAACGUUACAACACUAGUGUUUAGA